UUUCCCAUUCUCUGCUAUAUGCAAACCAAACCUAGCUACCACCAACAGCCGUAAACCAAUUUCUCUCUCCCUCCCUCACUCCGCCGUCUCUCUCCAUCUCCGGCACCGGUGUUAACCUCUGAUAACUCCACUUCAAACAACAAUGAGGAAGAAUAAUAAGGGGUUUAGAAGACCUGUUAUCAUCAAGAAUAAGGGGAAGCAACCAGAGGCACAGCCCAGUGUUGAUCCAAUUACCGGAAAGAAGAUACCGAAAAGUUUUGUUUUUUGCCGAGGGAAGUUGCCUGUUCCUCUUAAACAGCUUCAGAUGGACCUUAGGAAGUUGAUGCUUCCAUAUACUGCUCUUAGUCUUAAGGAAAAGAAACGGAAUAAUUUGAGAGACUUUCUGAAUGUUGCUGGUCCUAUGGGUGUCACGCAUUUCCUCAUAUUGUCAAAAACUGCAUCUGCACCUUACUUGAGGGUUGCAACUACCCCACAAGGACCUACUCUUACAUUUAAGAUACAUGAAUAUGCAUUGGCUGCUGAUAUUGCGCGGUCUCAAUUGCAUCCUCGAUGCCCUAAAGAUCUUUUUAAAAAUUCUGCAUUGAUUGUGCUUUCUGGAUUUGUCAGUAGUGAAUUACCUCUACGGCUUACAACGAACAUGUUCCAGAAUAUCUUUCCAACAAUUGACGUUAAAACUGUUAAGCUCUCGGCAUGCCAAAGGAUUGUGUUACUUAAUUACAACAAAGACACUAAGCUGAUUGAUUUUCGACAUUAUUCGAUUAGGUUACAACCUAUAGGUGUUUCACGGAGAAUUAGGAAACUUGUGCAAAGCCAUCAAGUUCCUGAUCUAAGGAAUCUUCAAGACGUGAGUGAUUUUGUCACAAAGGCUGGCUAUGGAUCAGAAAGUGAAGCAGAUGAUGAAGCAGCAACAGUGACUUUGUCCAGUAAUAUUGGUAGAGUUAACCGUGCUUCCAACAAAAGUGCUGUCAGACUUCAAGAGAUUGGUCCGAGGAUGACUCUUGAACUCGUAAGGAUUGAGAAGGGACUGUGUACCGGUGAAGUCCUCUUUGACGCAUAUGCGACAGGAAAAGCUGAUGACAAAGGAAAAACUAACGAUAAGACUGAAAAUAAUGACGAAGAUUCAGAAGGUAGUGAGGAUGAUGAUCAAGAUGGAGAAGAAGAUCCAGAGGAUAAUAAAGAUGAAGAGCUUGAUUAGGAACAAAAGUGUAAGGUAACACCGGAAAGUUUUCGUUAUCCAUUCCGGUGGCUGCUGCAUACAAUUUGUUUGUUCUUGUUAACAUAUACAAAUUUUGAGUAAGCUAUAUAAGAUUAUGUGACUUAUUUUCCGCAGUACUUAACUAUGUUUUGCAAUUACCAAUGUAAUUUAGAAACCAUAAAUCUAGUAUGUGUUUUAUUUGACAGGGAUCA